UCCUCCUAGCAGCAUCUACACUCACAGCUGAAAGGAAGAACUGAAACGACAGCGCUCUGUGCGACUCACAAUCCAUGCUAUUUAGGACGUAUGCAGAAAACGCCCACCUCCUCUGCUACUCAUCUGUGCUGGAAAAAGCUGGGACCAUGGUUGUCGUGUGAAAACGGACCGCUGUGACUCGGAGUGGAAGCACGGACAGAGCCAAAAAAGCCCGUUUCAGGUGUCAGCUGGUAAAGCGUGUGUGCGUGUGCGAGUGUGUGUGGGUGUGCGAGUGUGUGUGUGCGUGUGUGCGUGCAGGCACGUGUGUUUUCCCAGCCCAGUCAGUAUUUGGAGCGGAGUGUGGCCUGAACACUUGACAGAGGGACAAUGAGCGAGCUGGAACAGUUGCGGCAGGAAGCCGAGCAACUACGCAAUCAGAUCCGGGAUGCCAGGAAAGCCUGCAGUGACUCCACUCUGUCACAGAUCACAGCUGGUCUGGACUCAGUGGGCCGGAUACAGAUGCGGACGCGACGCACUCUCAGGGGCCACCUGGCCAAGAUCUAUGCAAUGCACUGGGGGAGCGACUCCAGUGACGGCAGUCCCAGGUUACUUGUCAGUGCCUCGCAAGAUGGAAAGCUAAUCAUCUGGGACAGCUACACGACAAAUAAGAUGCAUGCCAUCCCACUGCGUUCUUCCUGGGUGAUGACGUGCGCCUACGCCCCCUCUGGGAAUUAUGUGGCCUGCGGAGGCCUGGACAACAUCUGCUCCAUAUACAGCCUGAAGACCCGCGAGGGCAACGUGCGCGUCACCCGAGAGCUACCCGGACACACAGGUUACUUGUCCUGCUGUCGUUUCUUGGAUGACAACCAGAUACUGACCAGCUCCGGAGACACCACCUGUGCAUUGUGGGACAUAGAGACAGGCCAGCAGGCCACCACCUUCACUGGCCACACAGGGGAUGUGAUGAGUUUGUCUCUGAGCCCAGACUACAAGACCUUUGUGUCAGGAGCCUGUGACGCCACCUCCAAGCUGUGGGACAUCCGUGAUGGCAUGUGCAGGCAAUCCUUCACCGGCCAUGUGUCCGACAUCAACGCCGUCACCUUUUUCCCCAACGGGAAUGCCUUUGGCACAGGCUCAGAUGAUGCCACCUGCAGGCUGUUUGACCUGCGUGCCGACCAGGAGCUGAUGAUGUACAGCCACGACAACAUCAUCUGUGGCAUCACCUCUGUGUCUUUCUCCAAGAGUGGGCGACUGCUCCUGGCUGGCUACGAUGACUUCAACUGCAACGUCUGGGACACCCUGAAAGGCGAGCGUGCAGGUGUGCUAGCAGGCCACGACAACAGAGUGAGCUGCUUAGGGGUGACAGAAGACGGCAUGGCUGUGGCCACCGGCUCCUGGGACAGUUUCCUCCGGAUCUGGAACUAGACAAACCUCUUCCUCUUGUACUCAAUCACUGCCUGCCAACUUCCUCCCCGCAACCCCCCACCCCAACGUAUCCCAACUCAUCUGCUGGGCUGGACCUGAGGGGUGCACACUGUGUCAGCCAAUAUCCUCUCAACUCACCCCCCAGCUCCCCUCUCUGCUGGUGACCUGCCCACCUGUGAGAAAGUACCAACUCUUUCUACCUUUCCAAGUGACGUUUUUUUUCACCCAGCUAUUACACAGAAACAGAUAAGAACCUUUCAGUUGAGUUAUCCAAUCAAAAAACAAAAAAAGAGAGAAAGAAAGGAUGAGUUAUGAAAAACUGAAGGGAAAAAAUAGAAGAUUUCGCCCUCAUACCAAUUCUCCUCUAGGGCGCGAUAACGAGCAUCUGUUACCGUGACUAACAACAAACAAGAUGAGCGUUGAUGUGUAAUAUGUAAAUGUAUAUAUAAAGACAGUAUAUAUGUAUAGCAUUAUGUGUGUAUAUAUGCAUCAUAUAUGCAUAUAUAAUGUGUAUGUAUAUAUUUUUGUAGUUUAUUUCCCACCCUUGAGUUUUUUUUUUAUGAUUUUGGGGGUUUUAUGUUUUAUUUCAAAUGUACAUAUUCACAUAACUACACGACAUAAUUCCAGAAACACUUAUUUUAUCCUGUGUGAGUACCAGAUCGAGUGUCAGACCAUGUAGACACAGCAGCUUCACAUCCUUUUACCUAAAAAGACUCCUUUAAUCUUUCUGGUACUUGCUGAUUUAAUCAAGCCAACUCAUCAAGCAACAAAAGAGGAUUGAGCAAACAAAACAGUUUGCAAAAAUUUGGCUCAGCUAAACUCACUUUCCUCAUUUGUAUGUGUGUGCGUGUGUGUAUUAUGGUUACAGGCAGCAGACCUGUAUCUACAAAUUCAUGUGAAUGUUGGAAUUUUAUUUUUUAUUUUUUUAACAACACAACCCCUGGCAUUCCUCACCACUGUCUUUACGUUUGGAAGGAAACCACCACACUGCUGUGAUAAUGAUUAGAGAGAGCGCUUUAAAACCAACAAGCGGUGUUUUUAAGUUUUUAGUCUGGAUUCAGCUUCAGCUCCAAAGUAUAAACUGGUGAAUUUUAGGCUAAGAUAGAAAACUAUAUUUUACUGGAGGCCCUGCCUUUGCCUCUGCUCACACGGACUGUGGAUUUUAAAUCAUCGUAUGCUGAAUAUCUGAAGACGACAUCCAUUCCAUGCAAAUCAGCUGCUGUGCGAUAUGAUUGAUAACCCAACAGUAGUCCUAAAUAGAGGUUUUGCAUCAUAAUAUCUCCUGUGGCCUAUAGAAUCUCCACCUCUCCUUUAGAGUUGAGACAAGCAGCUCAAGUUGC